AUGGCAUUCUCCUCGGCACUAGUUCUAACAGACUUGAAUGACUAUAUUUCCCCUUCUCAAGCAUGUAUAAAGCCGGUAGAGGUACAAAAGAAGGAAAACGCUGAAGAGACUUCGAUCAAAGUUAAUGAAGCUGGUACUUAUUAUGAAGUCUCAAUGGAUGGUACCGAAGAGAAGUUAGAAUCCGCUAGCAUUUCUUUGAACGACUGUUUGGCUUGCAGUGGUUGUAUUACAUCAGCUGAGAGUGUACUUAUUUCGAUGCAAUCGCAAGAGGAAUUGUACAAAAUACUGAAAUCCAAUGCAGAAGCUCAAGCGUCUGGCAGGUUGGACGAUAUCAUCACUGUUGUUAUUUCCAUGAGCCCACAAUCUCGAGCAUCCAUUGCUGCGAAAUAUGGAAUAUCACCAAUGCAAGCCCACCGAAAAUUGACGCAAUUUUUCAAGCACACAUUGGGAGCACAUUACUUUUUUGACACAUCAUUUUCACGGGACUUUUCACUUGUGGAAUCUGCAAGAGAGUUUGUAGAUCGCUACCGCAAUUAUAUGGCAAAUGGUGGUCAGCAGAUUGAAGCAGCACGACAAGAACAAGAAGAGAAGGAACAAGAAGAAGCAAGUGCUGGAAAAGUUAAACCAAGACGAAGGAGAGGUAGAGGCACUGAUGGAGAUGCAUCCUCCACUCCUACCUCGCAAGAUAUGCCGAUGCUUGCAUCAGCCUGUCCUGGAUGGAUUUGCUAUGCUGAGAAGACGCAUGGUUUCAUUUUACCACAUAUAAGUGCUUCGAAGUCGCCACAGCAGAUUAUGGGUUCAGUGGUAAAGGACUUUUUUGCCAAGCAACUCGGCCUUAGACCAAAUCAACUUUAUCAUAUAUCCGUAAUGCCAUGCUAUGACAAGAAACUGGAGGCUAGUCGACCAGAUUUCUUCGAUGAACAAUAUCAGACGCGGGACGUUGAUUGUGUAUUGACCACUAUUGAGGUUGAUAAGAUGUUUUCCGAACAGAAUGUCGACUUUCCUAGUUUACCAGAAGCGCCUUUGGAUGAGCUAUUCAACAAGGUUAGUCAGUCACCGACUACACAGCAACCAACGCUUUAUGGAUCAUCAGGCUCGUCAUCAGGAGGGUAUCUGGAAUACAUCCUGGCGUAUGCAGCACGAGAACUGUUUGGUGUGAAUGACAUAUCAUCCAAUGUUCAAGUGCAAACUGCAAAGAAUGUCGAUUUCACUGAGUAUACCCUCAAGUCCGACGAUGGCAAAGCAGUGCUGCGAUUUGCAUCAGCUUAUGGAUUCCGUAAUAUUCAAAACGUUGUACGAAAGAUCAAGAACAACAAAUGUACAUAUCAAUUUGUAGAGGUUAUGGCAUGUCCUGGCGGAUGUAUCAACGGUGGUGGUCAGUUACCCAUGUCAGACAGUGGAGAAACAACCGUGAGCGCCAAGGACUGGAUCUCGCACGUAGAAAAUAUCUAUCGUAGCGUAGAAGGCAUUCGCCCUGAAGACAACGAAGCUGUUCGAGCUUUAUACAGUGAAUGGAUAGGGGAUGUGACAACUGAAAGAGCAAAGAAGUUGUUACGUACACAGUAUCAUGCUGUCACUCAAAACCUUGCCAACCCAUUAGCAACUGUAUGGUAGAAUGGUAUAAAUAAAAGACUUUUCUCC